AACCCGGAAGCUGACGCUAGUCGCGAGCUGUUCCAUCGGUGGAGUAAAGAUGGCUGACCAAAGCGCCGCAGAUCCUGGUAAUAACAACAAUAAACUCGACGCCGCGGAGGGAACCAUCAUUAAGGUCACGGUCAAGACCCCCAAGGACAAAGAAGAAAUCGCCAUCGCUGAGGAUUCGUCCGUCACGCAGUUUAAGGAAGAAAUCUCCAGGCGGUUCAAAGCCAAACAGGACCAGCUGGUUCUGAUCUUCGCCGGCAAGAUCCUGAAGGACGGCGACAGCCUCAGCCAGCACGGCAUCAAGGAUGGCCUGACGGUUCACCUGGUCAUAAAGACGGCGCAAAAAGCAUCAGAUGGAGGCAGCACGUCAGCCUCCGGCUCAUCCUCCACCCAGACAGGAGGUACCAGCACCUCCAGUCCAGGAAACACCCCGCCCUCCACAGCCGGGUCCACCCCCGGCUCAGCCCCACCUCCCACACAGACGCCCAACCUUCUGAGCGGCUUCGGCGACCUGUCCAACCUUGCCGGCCUGGGCAUGGGCUCGGCCAACUUUAUGGAGCUGCAGCAGCAGAUGCAGCGGCAGCUCAUGUCCAACCCGGAAAUGCUCUCGCAGAUCAUGGAAAACCCGCUGGUGCAGAGCAUGAUGUCCAACCCGGACCUCAUGAGGCAGAUGAUCAUGGCCAACCCUCAGAUGCAGCAGCUGAUGGAGCGCAACCCAGAAAUCUCGCACAUGCUCAACAACCCAGAGCUCAUGCGACAGACCAUGGAGCUCGCCCGCAACCCAGCCAUGAUGCAGGAAAUGAUGCGCAACCAGGACCGUGCGCUCAGCAACUUAGAGAGCAUCCCAGGGGGCUACAACGCCUUACGCAGGAUGUACACAGACAUCCAGGAGCCCAUGUUCAGUGCUGCCAGAGAGCAGUUUGGCAACAACCCCUUCUCAGCUCUCAGCGGCGGCUCAGAGUCGGGCGCCCAGCCAUCACGGACUGAGAACCGGGAACCCCUGCCCAAUCCCUGGGGUCCGCCCAAUUCCUCGAACCCCUCGGAGAGCGGAGGGGGCACACCGGGAAGCACGAGCACCUCUGGGGGCACCAACCCCACCGUGUCCAACCCUCUGGGCGUCAACCCUGGCAGUCUUGGAAACGGAAUGUUCAACAGUCCGGGCAUGCAGAGCCUCCUGCAGCAGAUCUCAGAAAACCCUCAGUUGAUGCAGAACAUGUUGUCUGCUCCCUACAUGCGCAGCAUGAUGCAGUCACUCGCCCAGAACCCCGAGCUGGCCUCCCAGGUUAUGACAAAUAACCCCUUGUUUGCUGGAAACCCACAGCUGCAGGAACAGUUCCGAGCUCAGCUGCCCAUUUUUCUGCAGCAGAUGCAAAACCCAGAGGCGCUGUCAGUCAUGUCCAACCCCCGGGCCAUGCAGGCUCUCAUGCAGAUCCAACAAGGCCUCCAGACGCUGCAAACUGAAGCACCGGGCCUCAUGCCCAGUCUGAUGUCCGGUGGUAUUCCCGGCAUCCCCACAGGGGGCAGCGUGCCCCCAGAGACCCCUGCGUCCCCGCCCAGCAGCACGGCCACGCCGCCAAACGCCGCUCAGCAGCAGCUGAUGCAACAGAUGCUCCAAAUGUUUGCUGGAGCGGGCGCAGGAGGAGGAGGCGGUGUAGCGAACCAGACCCCAGAGGUGCGCUUCCAGUCCCAGCUGGACCAGCUGAACGCCAUGGGCUUCAUCAACCGCGAGGCCAACCUGCAGGCCCUCAUUGCCACAGGAGGAGACAUCAACGCCGCCAUCGAGAGACUGUUGGGCUCCCAGCCCUCGUAAAGACACACACACACACUGGCGCCCUGACACAUACAUACACACUCACACACACUCAUACAAAAACACCAUGCCGCAAAAAUAACUUUACAAAGACACUUGGGAAAGACAAACACACCUCCAUUUUGCUUUUCUUCUGACCCCCUUCUGCCCCUUGCAAUAUUCCCCCCCGCUUUUUUUUUUUUGUGUGUGUUGGCGUCAUCCACUCAACCGCUCUGCAUCUUGGGGAGUGGUCCAGACACAGGGACACGCAUUCAAACGUUUCCCACGUUUGUUGUCGUCUUCUUUGUGUCAAAGCUGCGUCAGCGUUCAGCAGGAGGACUUUUGCUAGCAUUUAUCCAGCAGCAUGAAGGUCUUGUUUGUCCAUACAACCCCCCACCCCCUUGUUCUUUCAGCGCCUCCAAAUAACGGCUAAGUGCUUUAGUGAUGACGCCCCCCACCCCCACACGUGUUAGUCAUUCCAGGUGAAAGCGCCCGCUCAUGGGCGUGCAGUGUCUUUGUAUGUCUGAGGCACCGCUGCUGUGCCUUGUGUCCCCCCCACCCCCACUUCCUGUCCUGAAACCACAACGUCUACACGAUUCAAUGCGAGACCUCCGUGGGUGUGGGUGGGAGGGCUGGGGGCUCCUGAGUUAAAUCCACGCAUCCGCACGCCGGGCUUUAAACUUUAAUCGGAGCAGCUCGGAUGCAGAGGGCGCCGUCACGAAUAUGAAUGAAGCAAACAAGCUCAUCUUUCAUUUUAAUCUGAUGAUUUACUUCUUUCUUUUAUUCACUUCUUUUUUUUGAGGUGUCUCGCAUUUAAAUUAAAAUGACGAAAAUCAGUUAAAUGGAAAAGGCUUUACAAACAUUCUAAAAGAAAUCUAGCGCUAGGUCGUCUGAUAUCUUUUUGGGUUUUUUUUUUUCCUUCUGAAAAAUUUCAGCAAUGUAGUUGUAACCAUGGCAACUGCUUCUACAGCUUUGUUUGUUUGUUGACCUCAGCUCCAAAAAAAACAAACAGAAAUCCAUCUCUCAAUUGAACAUGUUGGAACUAACUUUUAACAGUACUGUACUAAAAAUGAGAAUAAAAGCUGGUCAAAACUGUCUACGCUCUCAUUGAAGCUUCUUUUUAUCCCAACCAAAAAUGAAAUAGUUAUACAGUCAUCCCUUGCAAUAUCGCGGUUCGAUUAUCGCUUCAUCGCCAUAUCACAGUUUUUCAGAAAUGAAGUGGUAAAUGAUGGCUGUUUGGUGGUAGACUAUGGUCUGUUAUUAGCCAAAACAUAUUGAAAUACAAGUCAUAUUUAGUAUUCUGCCCUGCCUCUUGCCCAAACUCACCUGGGAUAGCCUCUAGCCUACCCCCGCAACGCUAGUGAGGACAAGCGGCAUAGAACAUGGAUAGAUGGAUGGAUGUAGUAUUCUGGUCACUAGCCGGCGGUGAUGACAUAAAACAUUGAUGACAUUACCUUACAUUACAUUACCUUAAUACUGCAUGAAGUCAUCCAUGGCAAGUCUGACAUGAUAGAGUGGGGAAAAAAAAGUUCUCCCAUUCUGUUUGGAAGUGGUAAGUUUAUGGCUUCUUAAAGGAAGACUGCACUUUUUUUUGGAAUUUUGCCCAUCAUCCACAAUUCUUAUGUGAGACAUAAGAACACUUGUCUUGCUCUUUUCCAAACUUUCCCAAACUCAGAAAUAAAAACACAGCAGCAGUGGUAGUCUAACCUUUUGGUAAUGUCUGAGGCGUUGUGAGGGCGGCGCUGACGCGCUUCGGGCGAGUCUGUGGUGAAACUAGUAGCUAACUGGUGUGUUAUGGCUAAGUGUCAAUACACCAGUAAUGUAGUUAGAUCGGCGUAACAAUGUUAAUAAUGAC